UUUACUACGCUCACGUCUGUUCAAAGAUUUCAUUCAACAAUCAGGUACUACUUGCAGUCCAUGGACUAUGAAUUACAAAAGCCGAAAUUUGUAAGAAAAAAAAACAAAAAGUACGAAUGUGAGUGCGCAACUGCAACUGCGCUUGUGUAAGUCGUGCACUGUGCUGCAGCGAUACCUGUCCUUUUGUUCCGGGUUCUGUUGUUUUGUUUCUAGUUUCUACCCGGCGCCUGUCAGUCCAUUACCAUCUUCCAAACUUCCAUUCAAUCGUGGAUUUCUAGUACAGGAUGGGAUUUAUAUUUUACGUUUCGUUGACAACUUAACGUUUUAUUGUUCAUCGAGGAGAAAUAAAUAUAAUGGCUAGAGUAAAAUAUUCUAAGAAAACAUCGCCGCCACGUUUUGGUUUAAAGAAGACCGUAUGCGUAAUUCUACCGAGGGUAGAUGUAAACGAAUUCCUUAGAGAAAGAAGAAGACGAAGCUUGACUACUCAAAAUGUAGCAGUACCUUCAGCAGCUCCUACAGCUAGUAGCUGUUCAUCGUCGGCGGCAGUUCAAACUACCGCUGUUAAAAUUGCGAGAAGAAGAUUCAGAGUAAAAAAAGAACCUCCUUGUAUUUUUCAUUCGCAAGUUGAUAUCAAUAAUGACGAUUCUGCGAUUGAAGAAAUCCCAGCAGUGCUGGGCGAACCAGUUCCUCAAGGGUCGAGCAUUUGCCUGCACGAAAUCACGCGAUCAAUGUGCUACAUGUGCAGUCCUCGGCACCAUGGUAUACCGGCUGCAGAGGAUAAAUCAGAGAUUUGGAACGAGAUCAGUGGCAGUUCAACGGCGAAUGGGAGCGGAUAUCGGAGCUGGCACACUCCUACUCCAUUCAUUUCUACCAGAGCAACAUCGUCGCCUCAGCCAGCCAUUCAGCCGACGCCGACACCGUUGCCGCCGCUCAUUCCACCAAACAUCAGUACUCUGAACAGUACAGCUGAUGUUGGUGUCGGAACAGAUGAGAUCCAGAUCCCUACACAAACUAGAGACCAGUCCACCCAAACUGUACGGUAUUUUUCGUGCAAGCAUUGUCUGGCUUUGUUCACGGAUGUGGGUCAUUUAAUUCAUCAUAAAUCGGUACAUCAGAAGAUGUUCGAAUGCGCCUUCUGUCCGGGCAAUUUUGCUUCGAAGAACGACCUGAAAAAUCACAUGAAAAUGCACAUGCUUCCAAAAUAUUACGACUGCGUGUACUGCCCUCAGGCAUUCACUAAGAAGCAUGAUAUUCGGGAGCAUUUGACGCUACAUGCGGAGCAGAAGCAAUUUCAUUGCCAGUUGUGUCCUGCUACUUUCAAACAGAAACAAAAUUUGAGAAACCACGAGCAGUCUCAUAAUGUGAGCAAAUUUAUCCACGUGUUCAAGAAGGUAGAUGAUGGCGAACCUGCGAAAAAAUCAUCCCCGGUUAAAUCGGUUGCAUCUAGUUCAAAUUCGCCAGGAGGAACGAAAUCGGUGGCGUGUGGUUCUACUGCGCCAGGAGGAACGAAAUCGGUGGCGUCUGGUUCUACUGCGCCAGGAGGAACGAAAUCGGUGGCGUCUGGUUCUACUGCGCCAGGAGGAGUGAGAUCGGUGUCAUCCAUUUUCUCCAACCAGAACAGAUCGGCGAUAUCUUCGUACUUGGAGUUAUCCUCAAUUCGAGAUACCAGUCCAGCUGUAACUCAGCCUUUGGUGACUAAUACAACUGCUGCUUCACAAGCAAAUGAAACUGAGCGAUUUUCGAGCAGUAUGGGUAAUUUCUUUCAAUGCCAGCAUUGUCCUAUAUCAUUCAAGCUGUUUCGUGGAUUGAAGAACCAUAAUAUCUGCCAUACGCGUAAAUCAGGCAAAUAUGUUUGCACAUCAUGUGGUGGAAAAUUUAUGAAGAAAAUUAGCCUGGCAAUGCACAGGAGAUUUUCCCAUCCAAUUCCAAUCAGUAUGUAAUUUUUAUUUGUAUUAUUACCUAGCUAAUUUUGUACAUAGCGAUGUAUUUUAGGUGAGUAUGUGUAGGCUGAGUCGAGUACCUACCUAUUCAAAUUUCGUUUUUAAUGAUUUAACUUAUUUUCUAUGCUUAAUUUGGGCAAUUCAUUCUGUCGUUUUUGGCGUAUUUUUUCGUUGAUAGGAGAUAAUUUUAAGCAAUAUUUUUGUUUAGCUGAUGAAACAUAAUUUUGGCGAGUACCUAUUUUAUAUUAUUAAUAAUUUCAUGUGUUGUGUCUUGUGUUUGGGUAAGUAGGUAGGUAGGUAGAUAGGUAGGUACCAAAAAUUUUCAAAAAUGUGCUAUUCAUGUUCCAUAAAAGUCGGCAAAUAAGUCUCUUUAUUGAGACUAGCUAAUUAAUGAAUAUCUAAUUAAUUCUACCUACCUACCGCUUAUUUUGAAUUUUGAAUAAUCUUUUGUUUUAAAUUAUUUGUGAUGGCAAAAUGAAUUUUCAUUUUACUAUCUUUGUGUUUUAUUUUUAACCAUUGAGUAUUUACUCAAGUGAGUUUUGAUUUUUGAAUAAUUGUCUAUCAAUUUUUGCGGUGAAUUUUUUACCUACUUAGGUGCUGCUUAUUUUGUAUUUUGAUGCGUCUUCUUAAUUUUACAGCAAUAUGAAUUUUAUGUUUCAAUAAUCUGUGUUUUAAACUACAUAUUUUGUAAUCACAAAAUUAAUUUUUAUUUUUAUUCCUUCGUGUGUUAUUUUCAACCAUUGAGUAUUUUGUAUUUUACUCCAGUGAGUUUUGUUUUGAUUAAUUGACUAUCUAGUUUUAAGUUAUGUAAUGUAUAUUGGAUUUUAUCAAAUCCAUGUCAUUUCCACCACCUAUUCUUUUACAAUUUGAUGUAUUUUUUUCUGUUCUUUGAGUAUAUUGAUCAUAUUAUUGAUUGUUGCCAUGCUUAUAAGCAUCGAAUACUUACCCCUUCCUUUGUGAGAUUUUCAUUCAUCGAAGAAAAUACUGCUUAAGUGACUACAGAUGUCCGAUCAAUUCUGCCAAGAUAUUUCGUAUAAAAGAAACUGUCAUGUGUAUGUUGUUUUUUUUUUUUUGAUAUUUCGCAAUUUUCUGUGUGUAUAUGCUUUUCAGUUUAUUAUAUUGUAAUUUAUUUAUGUUCAUUGAAAAUAAAUUGAAAAUAAGUAGGGAUA